GGCCGUGCUUGCGCCGUGGCGGAGCGACAGAUCAAGGCGCAUGCGCACUGGAUUGUUUUGACUGAAAAUGCCGUCGGUUUCGAAAACGGCGGCCAAUGCGUCUCCUCAAAACGAGAAACCGACCCACUAUACCUACUUGAAGGAGUUCAGGACCGAGCAGUGCCCGCUGUUCCUGCAGCACAAGUGCACGCAGCACAGACCAUUUACGUGCUUCCACUGGCAUUUUCUUAACCAGAGGCGGCGGAGACCCAUCCGCCGGAGGGACGGCACCUUCAACUACAGCCCCGACGUCUACUGCACCAAAUACGACGAGACCACAGGCAUUUGCCCAGAUGGAGACGAUUGUCCUUAUUUACACCGGACCACGGGAGACACUGAACGCAAGUACCACCUCCGCUAUUACAAGACGGGCACGUGCAUCCAUGAGACAGACGCCCGGGGGCACUGCGUGAAGAACGGCCUCCACUGCGCGUUUGCCCACGGCCCGCACGAUCUCAGACCUUCUGUAUAUGAUAUCAGAGAAAUCCAAGCACAAGAGGCGCUCCAGAAUGGCCAGCUGGGCUCCGGCGAAGGGAUUCCCGACCAGCAGCCCGGCGUGUUAGCCAGCCAAGCCAUGAUUGACAAGACUCUGACGGAGGACCCCAGGUGGCAAGACACCAACUUUGUUUUAGCGAACUACAAAACGGAGCAGUGCACCAAGCCGCCCAGACUGUGCAGACAGGGCUACGCUUGUCCACACUACCACAACAGUCGAGACCGCAGACGCAAUCCGCGCAAGUACAAGUACAGGUCGACUCCAUGCCCCAGUGUGAAACACGGCGACGAAUGGGGCGAGCCCUCCAAGUGCGACAGCGGCGAUGCUUGCCAGUAUUGUCACUCGCGCAUGGAGCAGCAGUUUCACCCAGAGAUCUACAAAUCCACCAAGUGCAACGACAUGCGGCAAACCGGGUACUGUCCCCGGGGGCCCUUCUGUGCCUUUGCACACGUAGAAAGUCUCCCCUCAGGAAUCCCCUCUGGCGAGGACACCAUGAGCUCGUUGCUAACGGCGAUGCAUUCCAGCUCGCAUUGCCAGCCAGGCUCGCAGCAGUAUUGCGAGUGUCCGGUGGGCGAGUGGACGACGGCCGUCGGCUCCAGCACCAGCAACGGCCAAGUGGCGAGUACACAAAACAGCGUCUUUUGUGCGGUCAACCCCUUGGCGUCGAGCUUCACCUCCAGCAUAACGUCCAGCUUGGCCUCCAGCAUUGGCUCGGACAACUCCUCCCCGACCACCUUGUCCACCAUGAACGCAAAAGCCACGCCGUUCUAUCCCGGGAGCAACACGGUGGAGUCAGUCAUAGGAUCCGCUCUGGACCUCAACUUUAGCGACAUUAACGUUGCAUCGCUCGAUAAGGAGCUAGAAGAACAAGACAACAAUGUCGGACUGGAAAGUCAAAGGAUGCUCGGCGGCUCGGCCCCGGUCAACAUUCCAGGCUCGCUGGCGCGCUCGUCGUCCUUCAAUUCCUCCUCGUCGCUGUCCACCUCGCCGCUGAGCUCGCUGUCGCAGUCCCUGCUGUCCGCAGUGUCGCUUCACAACCACACCGCUAACAUGUUGGCCAAGCAGGAGCACAGCCUGCUGGGAACGCCCACGUCUUCUUCCCAGAACUCCUUAGGCUUGAACGGCGCCAGCAGCAUUUGGGACUUUGUGAGCGGCAGCUUCUCGCAGAGUCCGUCGCCUGUCUUCAGCAGCCUGACGUCUGCGGCGGGCGGCGGCAGUGGUGAUGUAUCGCGUCUCUUUCGGGAACUGGACGAGGCCAAGAGGAAGAUCAAACAGUGCGAGGAGGCCUGGCACCAGGUCAAACAGGCGUGCGAAACAUGCCAGAAAGAUGCCCACGAAGCCAAGGAACAAGCCAAGGCGGCGGAGGUAGAGCGGCAGUUGGCCGAGCAGAAACGGGAUGAGACGGAGCGCAAGCUGAAGGACCUCCGGGGGAACUUUGACGCUCUGUGCCGGGCGCCCGGAGCACCGCUCCUGCGCAGCUACGGCGAGCUGGAUCAGCUGCCCCUGUCCAAGCUGCACUCGCUCAAGAACCAGCUGCGCAACGACCUCGACCUCAUAGAUGGGGUCAUAUAUUUACUUCAGUCAAAGAAAUGCGUAGUUUGCCAAAAGCACGACCGAAGCAUUGUGCUGCAGCCGUGCCAACAUUACGUUCUAUGCGAGAGCUGCGCGUCCAGCAAAGCCGAAUGUCCCUACUGUCGAACAAAAAUACUCAAGUGGUGAUGUAUGCUCACACACCAGAGGUUCUAUGUAGAAAAAAAAUAGAUAUCAAAAAAGAAUCGAUAUCCAAUUUUGUAUAUUUCAUACAGCAAUUCAAUGUAGAAUGAAAUGAUGCUUGACUCAUAAGUAUAUAUAACGUUGAAUCAUAUACAGGGGUUUUGGAUGUUUAGUUUUUGCUCAUUUUACGUGGCAAACAUCUUUAGUGAGCCAACAAUUAUCUUCAAAAUACUCAAUUAAGCUACAAUACCUAAACUAUACAGUAUAUGUAUAUGCAUCUCAGUAAGUUAGAAUAUUAUGGAAAACUUCUAAUUUCAGUAGUUUAAUUCAAAAAGUGAAACUCGUUUAGAUUCACUACACACAGUGAAAUAUUAAAUGAAUAAAAAUAAAUAUUUUUCGCAGUUUUGACUAUUAUGGCUUGCAGUAGGGCUGCACAAUUCAUCAAAUUUUAAUGGUGAUCACGAUUUUGGCUGCCACAAUUAAAGGAGCCUGAUGGCAAUUUUAUUUUAUGUUUUUUAUUUUACAUUUAAGUAGAGCAAAGAUUGGUCGGAAAGGGGUCGACAUCUGCUUUCUACGUGUUUUGAUUCAGGGCAAGAGACUUUAAACAAGAAGCCGUAUGUUAAGAGUGCAGCAGAGUUGUCUGCCCUGCAGGUCGGUGACACAACUAACUAAUCUGUUUAGUUGUAGAAAAAUGGCAAAAUACUGGACAAGGAACACGUGAUCCCCUCAUGCAAUUAUUUCUUCAAAGUAGCAUUAAAUACACUAAUAUAUUUAUUCAGUUAGCCCUUAGUAAAAUUUAAUUUCUUGGGUACAUUUUUUUAAAAUUAUCCAUCAUUUAUUCUUAUUUAAAGAUUCAUUUUGUACUUUACAUAUUGUUUGCUGAAAAGUAAUGCAAUAAACAUCGAUUUUUCCCUAACAUGAGGAAUAAUCGCGAUUAAUAAUUGCAAUUACAAUAUUGAUCAAAAUAAUCGUGAUUAUUAUUUUCGCUAUAAUCGUGCAGCCCUAUCUCACAGCUAACAAAAACGUGAAAUUCACCAUCGCUGGAAAUUAGAAUAUUACAAUAGAAACAAUCACAAUGCUUUUUUUAAUACAGAACUUAUGAGUUGGCCUUCUGAAAAUUAUUUUCCCAGAUGUGUUUAAAUUAACCUAUAUAACAUUUUCAAUUCAACAACAGUCCUGGAAUAAAUGAACUUUUCUGCGGUAUUCUAAUUUAUUAAGAUGCACCUGUAAUUUCACUUCAAAUGACCUGUCAGCGUUUAUGAACAAAUGAACAAAUCUAAUGUGAGUUUUUUCCCCGACAGAAUUGAAUGUGUCCUGGAUCUUCAUCGUUAUCAGACGCACUUAGUAAUAAUUCAACAAACAUUUCAUAAAGACACUGAUGGAAACAUUUUGUAUUCAAGACGAGAAGCUUACGGCAUUUCAUUGACUGUUCUUCUCUAAAUAAUCUAUCCCAAUGCAGGAGAAGGCCAAAGUGACUGAAGUGAAGUCUCACUUAAAAUGGGCAACAGUUAGACAUCCACUUUUCAUUUAGAUAAAGAGGAACGUGUUUUUAAAUGGUCAAUUAUCCACUUGUAUUUUGGGAGAACAUAAUGUGAAAUUUAACACUAUGCAGAAUGAAUCUUUGAUGUUACAAAAAAAAAUAACAAAAAAAACAACACUAUUUGUAUUGCAGAAUGAUCAUUUUUGUCAAGUGUUUCAGGUAUUAGUACUGAAUGUUCCUCUUUAAGUAAAACCCCCAAAUAUUCGUUGAUAUGAAUGCAGCCAGUCAAGAAAUUAUUCUGACCAAUUUUCUGAAGAUUUCUUAAUUAAAGCACUUUGUUGACGUGGGACUAUUAAAAGGGUAUAGAUACAAUUUCUUUAAGCUGCUUUGUAGGUAAUUUUUUAAUUUUUUUUUAACUAGUCAUACUUUUUAUAAACAUACCUAUAAGUAUAAGCUAAUGCUUUUUUUGUGUACUGUGAAACAUAAAUGGAAUAUUUCAUGUUUCCUGUUGUUAAAUCAUGGCAUGAUUCUUCAUAUUAAGAUUUAAUAAGAAAAUAAAAGUAUUUAAUAGUUUCUACUUUCAUAGAAUUCAAAAUACACAAAAUCAAUUAAGUGCAAAUUUAAGAUGCAUUUUAGGCAUAACCAGCAGCUGUAAUAUGUAUAAAGGUGCACACACGCUACACGUGUUUCAAUCAAUUUUGGUUUUUGUAAAGAUUUAUAUGGAGGAGCAUGUAUUGUUUGUUAUUUUUUUGUGUGUGUAGGAAACUAGCCUCCAGAACAUAUCGGCCUCCAGCUCUAAAGUGCCUUAAACUCAAAUUGUAGGAGCGGAAAAGCUUUUUUUGUGAAAUGUGUCAAACAAGUUGACGUAAACACCAUGACCACAUGCAUAUUCGACCCAGUUCCGUUAAUAUUAUUUGAUAGAACAUUGCCAGUGCCUGCGUCCUUGUCGUUGGCCGCGUCGCUCUUUUGAGAUUUGGUCUUUUCUUUCCUGGUUGUAUGCAAACAAAGGGCACAUGCAUUUGUAUAGAAAAAGCUCUCAAGACAAUUCCCGAGGUUAACUUCAUCGAGUCCGUCUGAAAUGACCUUCUACUGUGUUAAUUAAUCGUCUCUCCCUCUUGUCUAUCUCGCUUUAAAAAUGAAUAUGAAGUCUGCAGGUGCAAUUGAUUUUGCUACCUGUUAAGUUUACAUUCCCCAACGUGACAAUAUAGCAGCGCAAUGGAAAGAAUAUUGCAAAAGAUGUACUGUACGUUCACUGAUCACUGAGUUAAAGAGGCGGACGGGGCUGCUAUGAUUCGGCAAUGCACGACAUUUAGAGUUGGCUCGUAUCUGGACCGGCAGAGGUGUUGAAGCAGGUUACACAUAACUAUGCUUUUAAUAUUUUCAAUGUUAUAACUGAUUUUUGAAAUGUGAGACCCCACGCAUGAUGAGGAAAAAAAUCGGUGUGUGCGUUCUGCUAUGAUAGUCUGUGGUGAACAGUUUGCCCUGGCAAACUCUCCUUGUCAUUUUGAUUGUGUGGGAAUGACUUGUGAGACACGUAAUACAAACACUUGACACAGCCCUGACCGCUUCCGACCAGAUCAGGAAAGCACUUGAACACACCGCAUGAUAAUUGCUCAGGUUAAUCGUUUGAGAGACCUUGGAUAAUUGGCCCUUUUCAUCACAGUAGUCGGCACGUGUGUACAUUGCUCAAGACGAAUAAGGCUAGCAACCUCUUAAUCACAAAUCCCUACAAAUGAGACCACUUACCGUUUUGACACUAGAAACUGAUGCUGCCUUCAAGAAAACUGGGAAGUCGGACAUUUCGGAGUUCGAAUGAACUCGCCUUCACCAAAAUGCACAAUUUUUUUUAUUAUGUGUCAUUUAAUGGUCCCCAGCUUAAGAAACACUUCUACAAAUCUCUGCAAAUGUCAAAUAAUCACAAUGUCUCGUCACGCGUGAGCUAUUUUUUUUAACAGGUCCGAGGGCUACUCGUUGCUAGGUGCUACUCAUGGGCACUGGUUUGGUGAUUUCACACUCUGUAGUCCCCUUUGUUAUUCUGUGGGAAAAAAAUUAAAAAUCAUCAAGCUUGGCCAAAAAUAUUCAGCAUUUUGUCAGGACUGAUGACGGUCAAAUUAUUUUACAAGACAAAAGACAAACGCAAGCUUGUUGUGGUCGUUGGACUUUUUUUUAUUUUUAUUUUUUUUAUAAAUAAACAUUACGUCAGCACUUUGACUUUUAAACCCAAUUUAAGCAUUUAAGCUUGUCCUAAGCACUGAUCAGUAUCUUUCCGACUUCCCAGCAGCCUUGAACGCAGCGCUUAACCUUAAGAAAAAGUUGUUUUCGUUUUUUUUUUUUUUGUAAGCCAAGGCACAAGCGAGGUUUUCAUUAGAAUGAAUGACAGCACAGCAAGCUACAUCUACUCAUUUUUAUACAGUUUGUAUUUUUACAUGCGACACAAAAAGCAGUCCUAAAGCUUCCGCUGUUGCGUGAUAUGAAAAUGAACAAUAAUUAUUAAAUUUGCUGUAUUUUUGUCACUGUAUUUCAAUUGACACCUUUGAUGUAGUUAAAAAGCUUAUUAAUGACUAUGGGUAAAAGUAUUUGUGUAGUUCCUUCACAAUUAGUUUUUUCUUUUAAAUCUAAUUACAUUUGUGCAAUUGUGUUAGGAUUUUUGUAACUGCCCUUGCAAUGAUGUCGCAGAACUGUACUGCAGUAAAUUGUCAAAAGUUUGUGUUUACUAUUUUUUUUUUAAACUGUUUAAUUUGGUCGUCGUCAUUUUGCCUGUAAAACAACAAAACUGAUGUCUCAUGCAAAAUGUAGAUUAACAAACCAAAGCGAUGUUUCCAGUAGCUGUCCAAAUAUUCAAAAAGAUUCUCUUUUUAAAACAGAACUCCACGCAUCGCUGGGGAGCCUUUCGAGGCUUGGAAUUCCGUUUUUGGGGGCUGUCGAUAUUUUACUUAGCGGCUAAAUAACAGCACUAUGCCGACGGGCUUUUGCUUCUAACUUCAAUGCGCUUGAGCCUUUGUUUGUUGCAGUUUUACCAAAGACCUGUACAUUUUGCUUUCAUUUUUUUUCCUUUCAGUAACAAAUGGAAGUUACUAAAAUCCCCCAAAAAUAAUAAUAUAAUCACCUACUACCUUAAAUAGUUAAUUAGCAGUAAUAAAUAAGUAUAAGUGUUUUUCUCUCACUCGACAAAGACAUGCAGACAAAUCCUGUUUUUCCGGCCAAUUUAAGAACAGUGAAGGAAUUGAAUGUGCUCUUGAAGUGGCCAUAUCAGCUUCACUUUUCUCAACUUUUCUUGACUCUCAAUACAUUACAAUAUGUAUACAGUGGAUAGUUAUUCAUUUAUAUACUGUUUAUGAUACUGUACAGUGCUUUGGAUUCAGCAUCUAGAAAGUGAGGCUAUCUGGCAGAUACAGACUUAAUUAUUAUCCCAACAAAACAAUCCAAAAAGUCCAGUUUGUAAGCACAGCAAUUAGUAUGACUUUUUGUGCCUUUUUAUGAUUGGAUUUGCGUUCUCUCGAGAGAUAAAAUUGUCAAAUUCUAAAAAUCGAGUGCCUUCCACGUGUCAAGUGGACGACGAUGUUCCGUAAUCUUUUAUUUGGGCCAAUUUCGCUAAAAGGUUUAUAAGUGGUUGAUUGUAGACCCUUUCCCCGUUAACGUGAAAACCACUUUUACAAAACAGAGCACACUUCUCUGCUGCAACCAACAGAGGCGCUGCUGAGUCUUUCUCAUUUUAAGAACAACAACAUGACGUUGCGUAUGGGAACAUGCAAAGAGCGAUUGGUACGGAACGAUUUUUCAACACGCAAUUUCAUUUACGUUUGAUUUCUUUAGCAAAUGAAGGCGUAAAGUGAAGCUAACUCCAGGAAGUGGUCAGACGUCAGCGUGGAAAGGGUCUGUUUUUCCCUUCAUGGUCUGUAUCUGCCAUUCCAUUCAAGACAUGAACUUCAAAACGGCAAUCUUGAGCCAUUUAGGACACAAUUUAGAUGAAUCCGGCACCAAAUGGGAAACAAAAAGUACCAAAUACAAAGAAUCUUGUAAAUGAACUGUACACAGCAUACUUUUGAAUCUGUUUUGCAUUCUAGUUGUGUUUGUUGUCUUUUUUUUAUUUUAUUUUUUAAUACUAUGAACAUGCGAGCCUGAAGGUUUAUGCAAUCUUGUACACGUUUAAUGACGUCGAGUGUGAUGUUUGAAUUGAAAAUGACUUUACUCGUGCGAUUGUUAUGGAAAGUACAAAAAGAAUCAAUGUGGAACCGGCUGUUCCACGUACUGUAGAAAUGUUGUUGUUAUUAUUAACUGUUUGAAGCCCUGAAAUAUUGAAUGUAUUGUUCUAAAUUAGAUAUUCAAUGAAGAGGUCACUGGAAUAUUAAUACUACAGAGCACAGUUCAUUCAUUUUGAUGUAGCAUCUAGUUGUAAACUGCUAUUCAAUAAAAACAAAUGUAUUAGCACUAGGUUUUUUUUCCCCCCCAGGUUAAUGCAUUGAUUGAAUGAAAACUAGAUUUAAUGGGUUUAUUCCUGUCAGUAGGGUUGAAUAUUUGAAUAUUUUUUUGUGACAAUAUGUAGGAAUUCAAGAUGAUAAUCACAAGAAUUAUACUGUCGGUAUCUCGAUUCUGUGUUGUGUGCACAAACAUACCGUAUAGGUGCAAGUCUUAAGAGUACUACCAGAUUUUUUUUUCUAUUAUUAUUUUGGUUUUAUACAUUAAAGAUUGUGUACUGCAUAUUUUCUGUAGUGUAUGACUAGUUAACACUUGUUAAAUUGUUACACUACGGUGUUGUAAUGGUUUACAGCGUUCACAAGAUUAUUUUUUAUCAUUCUUGACAAUUAAACUAAUUUUUCAUCUGC